CCAUGUGUGUGAACGACUUAGUUUGAGAGAGCGGGUGAGUGUGUGUGAGAGAAAGAGGGAGAGUGAGGGUUGUGUCGCGAUCAGUGAAAGUGUGUUGCGUGAGGACGCGCUGAGACGGCGUCGCAGAGCGAGUGAGCGACAGUAAACGAGAGAGUGAGAGAGCGAGGGAGGGAGGGAGCGAGGGAGGGAGGGAGCGAGGGAGGAGAGGGAGUUCUAACGCCGCAUUGACCUGGCAACCCCACAACGCCACAAUCCCAUGGCCAUCGCUGCUCAUGCUUCCGCGAUGCUAUGGCGAUGGCGCCACUCCCCUCUGCACCGACGCUUCUCGCGUUGGCUGGGAUUCAACGCCCUCAUCACACUUGCCUGCACGCUGCUGCUUCUGCUUCACUUUCGUUCGCGUCCGGACCCGAUCAAUCCCCUUUUGCGCGGCGAUUCUCGGCAUUUUAAGGUGGCUCGGGGCACUGCUGAUCAGACAUGGAGGACGGCGAGCCGUGAGGUCAUUUCCGACAGUGAGAACCCAGUUAUGCACGAUUCGGGAGUUGUGGUCCUUCCGAAUGGCGUGCACAUGCCGCGCCUAGGCUUUGGGACCGCAGGCUUGGGUGGGAUGACUGAGAGGGCUACUUCCUGGGCUUUGCAAGCAGGUUACAGGUUGCUUGACUCGGCGCAAGCGACAGAAUGGUAUAAUGAGAAAGCAGUUGGCAAAGCAAUACGCUCUUCGCAUAUUGCAAGAGACAAACUAUUUAUUGUUUCGAAGCUGCACCCUAGGCACUUGGGUUAUGAGGUCACAAAGCAGCAAUUCAGCACAUCCUUACAGGAUUUGGGCACCUCAUACCUUGACCUCUUUUUACUUCACUAUCCUCGCUGUUUUCCAUCCAUCUGCAGCAAUGUCAAAUCUGCUGGGUCAUGGCAAGAAAGCUGGAAGGCUUUAGAGGAGCUACAUGAUGAUCUCAAAAUCAGGGCGAUUGGUGUUAGCAAUUUCAACGAAGAGGAGCUUAGAGAGCUACUGGGUUCUGCAAGAAUCAAACCCUCUGUAGUGCAAAGGAACUCUGAUCCCUUCAGCGCCGAUGUAGAAAUACAGGCAUUUUGUCAAAAAGAAGGGAUACAAUACAUGGGUUACAGCAGUCUUGGUAGCCAGUGGCUGAUGCGUGGCUAUGCCAUCAAUCCGGUCCUCAACCAUCCUAUUAUUCAUAGCGUUGCUGUCGCGCAAGCUUGUACCUCUGCCCAGGUGAUACUGAGUUGGGCACUACUGAAAGGGCAAGUGGUAGUACCACGAUCAAGUAACCAGCUCCGAAUAAUUGAGAAUCUCAAGGCCCCGCAAUGUAAUAUCAGUCGAACCCAAGUAGCCAAGAUAGAUGCCUUAGAUGGUCACGUUCCACGCCCACCUUAAAGGGGCUAGCGGUGAUGGUAGAUUAGUGAAGAAGGUAUGACGGGGCCGGUCCUGUUAUAAUAACGUAUUUUGUGUAGCAUUAGUAUUAAAAAUACACUUUUAAAUGUUGUUUGUAAAGAGUUCAAGGAAUAUUUACAUAUUGGCCAGUUUUAAUAUUUCAAUCCAA